AUGGAUGAAGCAGAAAUUCAAACAUUAAAAAUCAAGAUUAAUAAACUUAUUGAAGCUUUAAAUGUUCAAAUUAAAGAAAGUAAUAAUGUUAUUUCAAAACAAGACUAUAUUAUUCAAGUCCAAAAAUCAAAUUUAGAAAAUUAUACUAAUUGUAUUGUUAUUGUUGAAGAUAAUAUUAAGGAAACCCAAACUCUUAAGAAUGAUAUUAUGGUUAAAAAAGUCGGUAUUAAUACUCAAAGAUUAAUAUUAAUUGGUGAAAUUCAAAUUUUAAAUUCGGAAAUUGACGGCUUAAAACAAGAGAUUGAAAAAAGAACUUCAGCAGGUGCUAUCGUUUGGGAUGCUUUUAAUCACAUUUUCAAUCCAAUUGGUGCCGCAGUAACAGAUAUAAUAAGAGAGCUAACAGAUAGCUUGAAUGAAAAGGUAAGAAAAGUUUCAUCCCAUCAAAGCGAGGUCGAUGAAAAAAUGAACAAAGUUACAGAAUUAGAUGCUAGUCUUAAACCACUCGAUGAAACUGAAAAUAAUUUAAAUAAAACAAUGGACAAUUUAAAAAAACAAGAGAGUUCCUGUAACGAGUAUUUAAAGCAAGCUGGUAUUUUAAAGACCAAGGCAGAGAAUGUAAAGCUCCAAUGUGAAUCAUUCGUUACCCAGGCUCAAGCUCUUCUAAUGAAAUGUGAUGAUGGCAAAGAGGUAUUGGACUAUGGAAUUGACACCGUCACUGAGUUAGAAAAAGACGUAAGAUCCUUUUUCUUCAAAAAUAAACUUUGUCUUACAUUAUAA